GGCCCCCAUAGAUGAAACCAGAUUUUCAUAUAUAUUUUGAUUCUUUUUUCUUUCUUAAUAGUAGCCCAAGCAGUUGCUAUUUACCAAAUCUUUUUUUUUUAUUUCAUAUUCUUUUUUACUUUCUCUCUGCCUACCUUCUCCUACUCACCCGUAGCCUACACCAUAAACUAGUGCUUGCUACACACCGCACUUGUAUCAUUAUUUGCUGGUUAAGGAAAGAAAACACUACGCCGCCGCAUAUUGCCGCUAGCCGCCAAAAAUGUCUCAUAUAGAAGAUCUUGAGAAAAAGCACGAAGUUGUAGAAGAGCAGGCGCACCAUGAGCACGAAGAUGAAAUAUCACCCGAAUUAGAAGCUCUCAUCAACACCAACCCUGCCACCGGCCUUACAUCGUCCGAAGUAGAAGAGCGCCUAGCAAAAUUCGGCAAAAAUGAGUUACCAGAGAAGAAAACCAACCCGUUUUUGAAAUUUCUCAUGUACUUUACUGGCCCCAUUUCUUACCUGAUUGAAAUCGCUUGUAUCAUUGCUGCUGUCGUGGGAGAUUGGAUUGAUUUUGGUAUCAUCCUUGCCCUCCUGUUCAUCAACGCAUUCAUCGGUUUUAUUGAAGAAUCCAAGGCUGAAUCCGCUUUGGAUGCCCUUAGGCAGACACUGGCUCUCAAGACUCGAUGCUGGAGAGAUGGAAAACUACAGGAAAUAGAUGUUGUCGACCUUGUUCCAGGCGAUGUCAUCGUUCUUCGUCUUGGUGACAUUGUUCCUGCUGACGCUCGUCUAUUGGGUAUUGGUGUCACGGGUGAAGCCACUGAAGGAGAUUUGCAAAUUGAUCAGUCUGCCCUGACUGGUGAGUCUCUCCCUGUAAGCAAAAACAAGGGAAACACUGUCUACUCCUCUUCUAUUGUCAAGCAAGGUCAACAGCUGGCUGUCGUCACCAAGACCGGUGAAAAUACCUUUAUCGGCCGUGCCGCGAAUUUGAUCGCCAUCACCUCAGAAGAAGGCCAUUUCCAGAAGAUUAUCGCUAAAAUUGGAAACGUACUGAUUUGGUCCACUGUCGUUCUUGUCAUCAUCAUCUUCGUCUACCAGAUGGUUCACUUUAGGGGUACUGAGGAAGGCAACUGGAAGAACGUUUUGGAAAACUGUCUGGUGCUCACUGUAGCCGCCAUUCCUGUCGGUCUCCCUACCGUCAUGUCCGUCACCAUGGCGCUUGGAGCUAAGCAAUUGGCCAAGAAGCAGGUUAUCGUUAAGCGCUUGACUGCUGUUGAAGAAAUGGCUUCCGUCUCCGUACUUUGCUCCGACAAAACAGGUACUCUUACCUUGAAUGAGCUGACCUUUGAUGAGCCUUACUUGGAGAAGGGCUACACUGCUGAUGACAUCCUUCUCUAUUCGUAUCUUGCCGCUGAACCGGGUGCCAAUGAUCCUAUUGAAAGCGCUGUCCGCAAAGCUGCCGAAAACUCUCUCCAGGUUCUACAAACUCGUCAAGAAGGUUCCCAUGAUGUUCCUGGAUAUAAGGUCACCAGUUUCCUUCCAUUCAAUCCUACAACCAAGAUGACACAAGCUACGGUUGCUAAUUUGGAAACCCAAGAUAUCUUCAAAGUCGCUAAAGGCGCACCUCAAGUCAUUAUCAACCUUGUCGGUGGCAACGACGAUGCCGUCCGUGCUGUCAAUGCACUUGCCAAGCGUGGACUCCGUGCUCUUGGUGUCGCUCGUACUAUCCCUGGCAAUACCGAAGUGUAUGAACUCGUUGGUAUGAUUUCUCUUUUGGAUCCUCCAAGACCUGAUUCCGGUUCCACCAUCCGCGAAUGCAACGGAAUGGGAGUUGACGUUAAAAUGGUCACUGGUGAUCAGCUCAUCAUUGCCAAGGAAGUAGCUGCUCGUCUUGGUAUGGGUCGUGUUAUUCUUGACGCCAACCACCUUGUGGAUCCUAGCAAGAGUGAAGAAGAAGUCACUGCGCACUGUGAGCGUGCCGACGGUUUUGCUCAAGUCAUUCCUGAACACAAGUACAGAGUGGUUGAACUACUUCAAAAGAAGGGACUUCUUGUUGGCAUGACGGGUGAUGGUGUCAAUGACGCUCCUGCUUUGAAAAAGGCAAACGUUGGCAUUGCUGUCCAUGGCUGCACAGACGCCGCUCGAUCGGCAGCCGAUAUCGUUCUGUUAGCUCCUGGUCUCUCUACUAUUGUCGAUGGCAUUAAGACGUCUCGAGCCAUUUUCCAGCGACUUCGCUCUUAUGCUUUGUACCGAAUCACUUCCACUAUUCACUUUUUGGUCUUCAUGUUCAUCAUCACUCUUGUUGAGGACUGGAAUAUGCCUGCUGUGUUAUUGAUCAUGAUCUGCGUACUGAACGAUGCUGCCACUCUGGUUAUCUCAGUUGAUAAUACUCAAAUAUCGGAUCGCCCUGAUAAAUGGAGAAUUGGUCAGUUAAUGACACUCUCAUGUAUCUUGGCUAUGUGCUUGGCUGGCUUAUCUUUUGCAACCUUCUACGUUGCUCGAGAUGUGUUCCAUGUAGAUAACGAUGUGCUCCAUUCCAUCAUGUAUCUCCAUAUUAGUUCCGCUCCUCACUUUGUUAUCUUCUCCACUCGUGUACCUGGUUACUGGUGGGAACAACCUCCUCACUGGCUCUUCACUGUUUGUAUUCUUGGCACACAGGUGGUUGCCUUGUUCUUCUCAGUCUAUGGCGUUUUCGGACCGACAGAGCACGUUGCUCCGUGUGGCUGGCCAUGGGGUCUUGCCGUCCUUGGAAUCUCCCUUGUCUACUUUAUGCUGCUGGAUGUGAUCAAAGUAUGGGUAUUCCGUGUCUGGAACUUCAAGCUUACAGCUUAUUUGUUCCCUACUCCAGCAAGAAAGAGAAAGCUCCUGGCCAGACAAGAGGAUGCUAUCAAGCACAAGUCUGUCAAGGAAUCAUGGAAUAAGGUUUACAAGGUGGUUGAGACCUAUCGUGUUGCUCAUGCCUUCAACCGACAGACUAGUCCAGCUGUUUAAAAUUCAUCCCUCCACCCCCCACAGUAUAUAUUUUCUGUUCCCCUCUGCUAUUAUUAUUCCAUCCUUAUUAUCUGAAAUACGAUAACAAAGAAAUCAUUUUCUAAUUGUGAAUCUUAUUAUUCCACAGCCAUUAAAAGCGAAACACACUGUUUGUAUG